UUUUCAUUGUAAAAAAUUUACUUCUUUUGCUUUCAAUGAUUUGAUUCUCAGAUGAUCAGAGUAGCACAAGGAUGUCAAUUGUCCAUGUUGGAAGUAUGGCAUCACUGAGCAGUGAUCUUUUUUAUGACAUAUUGAGACGUCUUGAUGGUGCAACUUUGGCUAAUGCAGCAUGUUCUUGUGCUACUUUCUGCUCCAUUUCAAGAGAAGAGAGUUUAUGGGAAAAUGUAUGUCAUUCUUUAUGGCCCUCGACUAAUAGGGAAGAUGUGAAGAGUUUGAUCUCAUCAGUUGGUGGAUUCAGAAAAUUCUAUGCAGACUGUUAUCCACUCAUUGUGAACAAGGAUGUUCCUGUGGUAGAGUGCGAUUCCUAUUCUGAAUACCCUGAAGAAUGGUUAGAGGGCGAGUAUUAUGGUGACAUUGACGAACUUGAAAGUAUUUUACCCUCAGAUUUUGUCUCUAUUGUGGAUGUCAGAUAUAAAGAUGUAGUAAUGUGUUCAAAGGUUAUUUGGGGUAUUCCCGAUUCAGAUGGCUUCAAUGGUUGGUUUUACAACUGUCCUUUCCGGAUUGACCUUCUUAACUUAUCGUAUAAUGAUGGCCAACACGAGGAUGAAGUUACACUCUCAGUUGAGGAUGGUCUGCCUCCAAUUUUCUCAAUUGAGAGGGAAAGGAAAGAUGGGAAGCUUUGGAGGGAGCUCUGUGAUGGAAUCAGGCUUAGUUGGAUCAUAGUAAACAAAAAGUUAAAGCAAGCUGCUAACCUUGCAAGCUGGAGCCCUGUCGGGGGCCAAAGGCAUUGGCCAACAGACAAGGAUUUCUUGAUGCGCUUUGGGUCCAUUCUUCCAGCCAAAGACAUCCUUCCAUGUCAAGUCGUUGAAUGCAUACUUGUUAUGAAGUUUAGAGUGAUCCAUACCGAGGGAGAGGGUAGCCAGACUACUCUCAAGCUAACAGAACUAAGCAUGCAAUUGAAAGACAUGGGAGGCUCUCAUGUUAAUGGAAGGAACAGUUUGCUUGUACUUAAAGAGGCCCUCAAAUCUCGUAGGAGCAAAAAUUACAGUGAAGUUCUAGAAUCUUGUCAUCUGUAUUCAAAAGCACAGAGCGAGUUGAAGGAGGAGAAAAUGAGAAAUGAAAGCCGUUUAGACAGGCUAUGUAUCUUAAGUGGAAUUGCUGCAUUUAUCACUUUCUGGUAUUGCAUUUUAUGAAAAAGAAUAUCCUUGUGCCAUCUUGUUUAAUGAACUUUUGUUUAGAGUGGUGAU